AUGAGUUACCUGGGGAUGCUCAACCAAAGGCCCCUCUCUAGGACGCAGGAUCCCAGCAGGGCUGCCAUGUCCAAGCUGCACUUCUUCCUGGCUGCCUCCUUUGGGUUUCUCUCCCUUUUCCAAUUGACAGCCUCCAGCUCUUGCCAAGUGUUCUCCAGUGCUGUCUGCAAUAGGCACACAAACUUUGUGCCGGGGCAUAACUUGAUUGGCGAGGGUGUCGAUAUCACCACACUGAGCAUAAAAGGGGCCUCCGUGGUGGACACCAACCAGUGGGAGCGACCCAACAGGACAUGCACCCUGUGCCAGAACCCACUGAUGGACGGGAAGUUGCAGUGGCUCCCUCUAGCAGCUGUGGAUUGGAGCGCACGUCGCAUUUGUCACUGGCACAUGGACAGUUCUGUGGAGCGCUCAGAGUGGGAUGUGGCAAACACGCUAGCCACAGAGGUGAAGAACAACUGGAAGAUACACUUGGAGUUGCCUGAGGCGCCACAGGUGGCACUCGCUGGAUCUCAGUCCCAGAUGACCAUUCAGGCAUACAAAUACUCCCAGAGGAGCAUGAGAUCUCCUGUGAGCGUUACCAGUGAGUAUGAGUUCUACUGUGGCACCCACAGACCCACAUGUGGGACUAAGCAGCAUGGCCAAAGAGAGGGUAUUCUUCUGAGAGUCAGUUCAUUGCAGUUAAGACUCUCACACGAUCCCCCACUGCUGGCCUCUCACUUUACUCGUGACAUACACAACCUCCCAAAGGAGUAUCACCAAGAAGAGUACCAGCAUUUUAUCAACAUCUAUGGUACCCACUACAUCAGCCAGGUUCACCUAGGAGCACGAGUGCGUCACCUGUACUCUGUGCAGAACUGUGCGGCGGCCUUGCAUGGACUUACUGUUUUUGACCUGAAAAACUGCUUGACUUUGGAGGUGUCUCUAGGUCACCUCUGGAUAUUCCAUGGCUUCAGUGCCAAGUGCCUUCAGCGCUGGAAGGACCACAUGAAGGGAAAGGAGGAAGGCACUUUUGUGAAGCGGCACAUGGAGGUGACGGGAGGACAUGAGCCGGAGAAGCUGCUCUUCUCAGAAUCGUUAGAACCGAAGCACUACUUGGAAUGGAUGAAGAGUGCCAAAGAACACCCUGAGGUGGUGUCUUAUUCUCUGAGGCCGCUACACACUUUGCUUAGCCACGGAGACCCAAGGAGGACUGUGCUGAAGAAAGCCACAAGCGACUAUAUAACCAAGAGGGCCUUGACCAGGAGCUGCAGCCAACAGUGCCCGUACAAUGGCUAUCAGAGUUCAAAAGACCACUGCGCAUGUAUGUGCCAUGCCAAUGACCUCCACAACAACAUGUGCUGUGCCAGGGAGCGGGGUAAAGCUCACCUCAAAUUCAAUAUACAAAGAGGAUCCGAUCUUUGGGGUGACCAUUUCUCUGCUGCCGACAGUUACAUCAAAGUGCUCUUCCAAGGCCGAGAAAAGCAGACACGCGUCAUUGCUGGUAAUAAUGAUCCGCAAUGGCAUGAAACCCUGGACUUUGGGACUGUCACAUUGGCCCACCGCAACACCUAUCGGCUGGAGGUCUGGGACAGCGAUGUCUGGCAUGAUGACCUGUUGCAGGCAUUUAGGGGAGAACUGAAGGCAGGUGGCACUUAUGAAUGCAUAGGGCGCCUAACAUAUGGAUACGUCGAGUUUUCGUACACGCUGGAGUGUGCUCCAACUCUGGGGGGGGGGGCCACCUGUCAGACUUAUAUGCCCCUAAAGCAGCCAGCUACCAAUUCCAAAAAAUACUAGCCCCAGGUUUAACUGCCCAUUGCAUCACCAGAGCAGCCAUGGACAGUCAGGGCAAAGCCAGGAGGCAUUUAAAGGAUUUGGGAGCUAAAAGCCAUGCUCUAGAGGGGGGGAAAAAUCAAGCUCUAAAAUGUUGUGGUUUUUCAGGCCCUGCCAAACCUACUACACCCCCCUCAUAGAACUAAACGUAGAAAAAGAAGAGGCUAUUUCAGGUGAUACCCAUAUAGUUAGACAAAUACAGAAGAGGCCAGCAGCUGAGGGUUUGUCCUCUGGUGCUCACACACUUGCGCAUACACUUACACAUGUACACAAAUCAUUCAGAUUCAUAGAAGCUGAUACAAGGUUUUGUUAUAGUGUUAUAACAAUAUUCAGUUGCUGAUUUUUUAAAAAAAGAUAAUCUGCAAAAGUCCCAAUAGCAUAAGGAAGUGCAGCCAGGGGACUGCAGGAACGCAUGCCGUGUGGAAGCCCUUUGGCUGUAUGUAUAGCCAAAGCAGAAAAAGGGAAACCACACAAGCUGGCGCGGAGGAGAAACCCUCCUAGCCCAUCAAAUCGCACCUUCUUGCUUCAGUCACAAUACAUCAAUACAAAAUGCAUAUCUGCUACAACAAGAAAGCCCUUUUCAGGUGUGGCCCCCUAGGAAGCGAAAGCAACCUCCCUCUUGACUUGAGGGACUUUUGGAAGAGGCAUAUAAACAUUUUUUUGAGGGGUGGGACUUUCACCUAGAGGGAUGUUUCUGUCUCUGUGAUGUCUU